CCAACCCGUGCUCAUUCACUAAUCACUCAUUGCUCAACUUCUUUCACUCAUUCAAACAAGACCGACAUCUACUAAGCACACAUAAAAACCCGCCUUAAGAAGUUGCACUCCCUACUCCCAACCCUGUCUUAUCCGGUAAGCCAUUGGCUCCCGCGGAUGUUCAAUUUCCGAGGAGGAAUGUAGGGGGCAAGUAAGGGCGGAAUUAAUAAAUAAGAAGCAGAAGGCCGUUCAACAGAGAAGGAUAAGUGGAGGAAAGGAAUCAGUGACUGUAUCAUACCUGAGAUUUGUUCCUCCCUCCAUCGAACCUGUAUGGGAAAUGAGCCAAAAUCGACGCCGGCAUCACUCAAACACACCCACCUCGAAUGGACUCGUACCUCUGAACAUGGCUCAUCUCCUACCAGCAAGAAAAACCGCCCAAACACAGCACCUCUCCAGUAUGGACAUGGAAGAACCAUCCAUAAUCGACUGGGACGGCCCUUAUGAUCCCGCUCGCCCCGUCAACUGGUCCAAGUCGAAGAAAUGGCGGAAUAUCUUCAGUAUCGCCUUUCUCACCUUCCUUACUCCCCUUACGUCGUCCAUCGUGGCGCCAGCCGUGCAUAUGAUAAUGGGAACCUUUCACUCAACCAACAAAGUGCUGGGUUCGUUUGUGGUCUCUAUCUAUCUGUUAGGAUUUGCCGUCGGACCGUUGGUUCUCGCUCCUCUUUCUGAAAUCUACGGCCGGCUGUAUGUGUACCAGGUCUCCACGGCCAUCUUCAUCCUCUGGAAUGUCGCUUGUGCGCUAGCUCCGAACCUGGGGGCUCUCUUGGCCUUCCGUCUUUUUGCAGGGAUUUCAGGGAGCAGUCCGCUCACUCUGGGGGCAGGGUCUGUUGCGGACCUGUUUGUCGAGAAGGAAAGAGGAGUAGCAAUGGCACUCUAUGGUAUAGGCCCGUUAAUGGGUCCCGUUAUCGGCCCGAUCGCAGGUGGCUAUCUAUCUGAGGCCGCCGGAUGGCGAUGGGUGUUCUGGCUGCUUGUGAUUGUGUCUGGCGUUGCUCUACUCUUCGCUACCAUCCUCCAGUCCGAGACCUUUGAGCCAGUAUUGCUGCAGCGACGCAUUAAGCAACAGCGCAAGGAAACCGGUGAUCUGAUUAUGCGCUCUACAUCAGCCCGUCGGAUCGAUCCCAAGCAAAACAUGGUUCAAUCGAUCGUCCGGCCGCUGAAACUGCUUGCUCUUUCGCCGAUCGUCGCACUUUUCGCCAUCUACAUGGGCGUCGUGUUUGGAUAUCUCUACUUGCUUUUUACUACGAUCCCCGCCGUAUACCGGGAAACGUAUCACUUCAGCGAGGGCUCUUCUGGCCUUGUCUACAUUGGAGUUGGCGUGGGUGCUCUCAUUGGUAUGGUCGCAUUUGGUGCUCUUUCCGAUAGGAUUCUAGUCCGCCUUACCGCAAAAAACAAUGGAACGUCUGAGCCUGAGUUUCGCCUUCCCCUACUGGUUCCCGGAAGCCUGCUGCUCCCCAUUGGAUUCUUCUGGUAUGGAUGGUCUGCCGACAAGCGUCUGCAUUGGAUGAUGCCGGUUGUCGGUAUUGGCUGGAUAGGCUGCGGGAUCACAGCGACUAUACUCGCCAUUCAGGGGUACCUGAUUGAUGCAUACAGUGAGUAUGCAGCCUCAGCUGUAGCAGCGAUCACGGUCUUCCGGUGCCUGGUUGGCGCCUUUUUGCCUCUGGCAGGACCGCCCAUGUAUUCUUCGUUGGGUCUGGGAUGGGGAAAUUCCCUACUGGGGUUCAUUGGUCUGGGAUUGCUUCCUUUGCCUGCAGUUUUCUACUUUUAUGGCAGAGCCAUUCGAACGAGCCCACGGUUUAGAGUCUCCCUUUGA